AUGUUUGUUUCUCUGAAUGUUCUGGUGGCACCAGCUUUGUUUAUUGCAUCGGCCGUUGCCACCAGUGGGCCGACUUUCGCUCGUGCUGCAGGCGACACACGGAGCGAUGAUGCUACAGUCUUCUUCGAGAAUGACGGCAACUGGACAUCUCAUGGAACCAAGCCUAGCGCUCUAUUCAUCAACACGCCCUCGAGUUAUGCUGAUGCCAAUGCGGUGUGUGCAGCACAGAAUGAGGCAUUGCUGAGCUGCGAGGAAUAUGCCAACUACGAGAACCUAUUCGGUUACCAGCAAUACCUGGGUAGAAUCACUACCGAUCAGCUGUUCUGGUCAUCAUGCUCUUCCUCGUCUCCAACUUCAUGGCGCGGUGUUGUUCAGAGCAGCACGAAUUCAUCCUCUGAUCUUCCCUUUCUGUGCACCAACAGCGCCCCUCUUGUUGACAAAGUAGACACAGAUUACUCUGGUUUCCCCCGUGUAAAUGUCACUUACAACGGUACGACUUUCGAGGGCAUGAGGGACCACAUGGCAUUUCGCUUCGCUGGCAUUCGCUUUGCUCAGCCCCCGACGGGGGAUCUACGAUUCCAAUCGGCGCAGCCGUGGAAUCAUACUAUUCCGUAUGUGAACGCCACGAGUUACGGACCGGCCUGUUUGCAGUUUGGUUACUUUGAUGGCAACUCGUAUGGUCUGAACCCCUGGGGAAAUAGUGAAGACUGUCUGUUCCUCAACAUCUGGACGCCACAUAUCCCGUCAGCCGACUCCUUGGAUCCUGACAACGGGAAGCCCGUGAUGGUUUGGAUCUAUGGUGGUGGGGAUACCCAAGGCUCGGCCGCUGACUCCACUUUUGAUGGGGCUAGUCUUGCGUCUCGCUCUGAUGUUGUGGUUGUCUCGUUUAACUACCGGGUCAAUAUAUUCGGCCUUUUAGCUCUAAACGAUGGAGAGCUCAACGGCAACUACAUGAUGACAGAUAAGAUUCAAGCAUUGCGCUGGAUUAGGCAAAACAUCGCUGGAUUCGGGGGCAAUCCGAAGAACGUGACCAUUUUCGGUCAAUCUGCCGGUGGAUCAUCAGUCAAUGAUCUGAUUACAUGUCCCGCAAUUAUUGGCGAAGACCUCUUUCAAAAUGGUAUCGUCCAGUCGGGAAAGUCAAAUGUCGCUACUGCCGAAGUCGCUGCAGCUUACGCCCAACCCUACAUUGAGAAAUUCUGUAACGGCACAGCCACGCAGCGAGCUUCUUGCCUGCGGUCAUUACCUGCAGAGACCCUUCUUGAUAUCAGCAACAACAGUAUCAGUUGGUACACCGUCAUCGACGGUCACUACUCAGCCGACUACACUCAAGCUCGAUAUGCACUCGGAGCACAGUACAUCAACUCAGUCAACGUCCUAACGGGCAACAUGCUCGAAGAAUACCAGUCGCUCGCAACCACAACUCUCUGGCCUAGCAUGAGCAAUUUCAGCGAGGCAUUAGAGAUCCUCAUCAACGAUGCCGCCAUCAACGAAGCCCAAGCAGAAGCGGCCCUCAACUCAGGACUCUACACAAUCACCAACAACACGGUCUACAACGGCAGCACAACCUACACCUCGGUCUACAACGCCUCAGUCCACCUCGGUACCGAAGGCCAACUAUACUGCGACGGCACACUCCUGCAAUGGAUCGCCGCUGCCUCCUGGGCCUUCAAGUCCCACUGGUUCUACAUUCACAACCGAGGCUACGCACUCAGCUACUAUGACUUUUACGAUCUGUGUACCUUCCCCGUAGGAAAGCCAGAUACUCCAUACUACCGCUGCCAUAGCAGCGAUCUGUAUGAGGUCUUCGGUACAUACUAUAUCUUCGAUCAGCCAGUGCGUGUGCCCGAGGAUAUUUACUACACCAACGCGAUCCAGGAUAUGUGGGGUGCUUUUGCCCGGACUGGGAACCCGAAUGUCGAUCCGGCGUACUUGAAGGCGCGAUCGUAUGAUUCGACGAUUGACUUCUUCUUUGGCUUCGAGUGGCCGCAGUUUACGGUGAAUAGUCCGAGGGUUGCGUCGUUGCAGUACCCCGGGCCGCAGGUGUCUUCGCUGCCGUAUCAGGAGCACUGUGAGGUGUUGUUGCCGCAUGUGACGAAUCCCAGUGCUCCUAAUGCUACUGCAUAG